AUGAGCACGUCACUCCCUUUCAGAGGGAGUCAUGUUCCGUCCUCCUUCAACACAGGGUCCAAUCCAAGUCUGGGGACAGGAUCAAUUGGCGCUGCUUCGAGCGCAGGCGCAAGUCAAGACCGGCUCAUAGUAGGCGCCGAUCACGAAAGAAUCAUCAUAGCCGUCGACUUCGGAACUACCUACUCGGGGGUUGCAGCUGUCUAUUCAGCGACCCCGGAUGAUAUCGACAUUAUCAAGACAUGGCCGGGUGGCAACGGAAUCACCUCCGACAAGGUCCCUACCGAGAUAGGCUACUCCGAAGCACCGCCGUUGAACGACUCAACGUCCUCCCUUGAGGCUUCCUCGAAACCGGCCGCUCACGUCAAGUGGGGUUUCCAAUUCAAACCCGAGGAAACACGUCUGCGAUGUAUAAAGUUGUUCCUCGACCGCAAUCAGAAGCUCCCACACUUCGUAUCGCCGCUCGAAACCGCUGCGCAACUCCGCAAAUAUGACAAGACGGUCAACGAGGCCGUGACAGACUAUUUGUCCCAGAUCUACAAACACACUAUGGAGACCCUGACCAAGAGAUAUGGGGAGACAUUCAUGAGACUGACAAAGGUGCAGUUUGUCUUGACUGUGCCGGCCGUGUGGUCAGACUCUGCGAAGGAUGCGACGCUGAAGGCUGCUGGGAAGGCUGGCAUGGGGCACGAUCUGAAGAUUAUCUCCGAGCCCGAAGCCGCCGCUGUGUACACACUCAAAGCCAUUCAGCCAAACCAUCUCAAAGUUGGAGAUAACUUCGUUGUAUGCGAUGCUGGCGGCGGGACUGUUGAUCUUAUUGCAUAUAAAAUCACACAAUUAAGCCCGCUUCGAGUAGAGGAGAGCGCUGUUGGCACAGGAAACCUGUGCGGCUCAGCGUUUCUCAACUAUCGCUUUGAAGACCAUGUCAAGCAGCGCAUAGGCGCUGAACGCUACAAUUGGAUGCGCGAAAAGAAAGCGAAGACAUGGAAUAUGGGAUUGAAGUACUUCGAGGAGUUCGUCAAGCGCAACUUCAACGAAGACGAGGAUACCGAGGUCAACGUUCCAUUCCCCGGUCUGCCUGAUGAUGAAGAGGCUGGGCUCGAUUCUGGGUUCCUGGUCAUGAGCAGCGAGCAAGUCAAGAGUAUCUUCGAGCCUGUUGUACACGAGGUCAUCGAUUUGGUUGAAGGUCAAGUGGAUACGAUAAGACAAAAUGGUGGCCUUGUCUGUGGGAUUGUCCUCGUAGGAGGGUUUGGCCAAAGCAAUUACUUAUAUGCUCGUAUGAAGUCACAUUUCAACAGCGCGCCACCUCCACCCUACUCAGAACGACCGACCCACGCGAUCGGCAUGGCCUCUACGCAGUCUGUGGAGAUCUACCAUCCCAUACAUGCCUGGACGGCAGUCGUAAGAGGGGCAGUGCUUCGAGGUUUGGAGGGCAGUAUGGUUGUCAGCCGAAGAAGUCGAUGGCACUACGGCACGAGUUAUGCCACUGUGUUUGACGAAGCAAAACAUCCAAUAUCCGACAGGUACUGGAGCCCUCUUUGGGAGCGGUGGAUGGUCAGCGAUCGAAUGCAGUGGCACAUUGCAAAAGGCGCUCAAGUCUCCGAAGCACAACCUAUCUCGUUCCACUACACACGCAACUUCCGUCCCGGUCAGUCGCUCAUUGUUGAGGACGAUCUGAUUGCUUGCGAUAUGGAUGUCGCACCAGAGUCCUUCCGAAAAGGCCUCAUCAACGUAUGCACGCUCACCACAGAUCUGAAUAUUGUACCGAAGAGUCUUUUCACGCGCUUGACAACCACCAAAGGUGUUGAAUUUGAUAACCUGGAUUUCACGCUCGACAUGCGGAUAGAAAGCGCAGGCCUAGUCUUUGAGCUCAAGGUCGAUGGUGUCAGAUACGGAGGCGUAGAAGCGAAGUUCCAUUGA